AUGAUUCAAAGCAAUAGCCAGAUCGGUGUUCGGUUGCUGCCUAAUACCUCCUGUUGCGGUGAACUUGCCCAACUACUAGGCCCGAAAGUCUCCUUUGCCAACUCAUCCGCCUAUCUGGCAACUGAAAGAGCAUACUGGUCUCUUCAAGAAGCAGACCUCUCACCGACAUGCAUCGUAGUGCCAUCAACAGCAGAGGAUGUAUCCACGACCGUACGGACGAUUGCCGGCAACCAAGAAUGCCCAUUUGCCAUCAAAGGAGGAGGCCAUGCGCCACAGGCUGGAUCCGCGAAUAUCGAUUCAGGCGUUACGAUCGAUAUGACCGGUCUGACGUCGGUGACGGUCAAUGGAAAUAAAACGGUCGCUAGUGUUGGCGCAGGGGCAUCUUGGUUAGAUGUUUAUCUUUACUUGGAUGGCCUCGGUAUUGCGGUAGCUGGGGGUCGAAAUGCUGCUGUUGGCGUCGGCGGAUUUACUCUUGGAGGUGGUAUUUCCUACUUUGCACCGCGAGAAGGAUGGGCAUGCGACAACGUUGUGAAUUUUGAAAUCGUUCUCGCAUCCGGCGCCAUUGUCAAUGCCAACGCCAAAGUCCGGCCAGACCUCUGGCGUGCUCUUAAAGGCGGCAGCAACAACUUCGGCAUCGUCACUCGUUUUGAUUUCGAGACAUUUCCCCAGGGUGCCCUAUGGGGCGGUGCUCUCACACAGUCCAUAAACAGUAGCGAUGAAGUCUUCGAAGCCUUUGCGAACAUUGCCUCAGCGCCUCAGUACGACCCUUACGCCUCUCUUGUGACCGGUCUUACCUUCAACUCUACAAGCCAGCAAUGGCUCAUCGGGCAUCUGGCCACGUAUACCAAACCGGUGGCAGACCCUCCUGUGUUUGAAGGGUUGUUGGCGAUUGAACCGCAACUUCAAAAUACCUUGGGAUUCACGAAUCUCAGUACCUUAACGAAUGAACCGGGACUGCCUGUACAACUUAAUUCGCUCUUCUACACAGCGACCUAUGGUGUCUCAGCCACACUACUUGCCAAGAUCCUCGACAUAAGCAAUGAGACCAUUUAUUCCACCUAUCCUCGAGUCCCAGGCGGUGUAUUAUGGAGUCUUGCCUUCGAACCAUUACCUACGCAAGUGACAAAAUUCGGCCCAUUAAAAGGUGGUAAUUCGCUGGGCACAACACCUGGUGACGGCAAUGGCAUUGUACUUCUCCUCAGCGCCUUCUGGGCCUCCACAUCCGCCAAUGCUUUCGUGCAGCAGACGGCUCACAGGAUCAUGCAGAAAGCGAACGAAACGGCCAGGGGUAUGGGGAUGCUGCAUAAGUUCGUAUACCUGAAUUAUGCGAAUCAGGACCAGAAUCCGAUAUCGACUUAUGGACGAGAGAACGUGGCGAAUCUGAGGGCGACGGCGACGAAGUAUGAUCCGCGAGGGAUUUUCCAAAGGCAGGUUCCUGGCGGUUUCAAGUUGCCGGUAUAG